GUUUAAACUUAAACGGAGACAAAGUUUUCCGUGGAUUGAGUUGAGAGAAACAUAAAUAUAAGUUUAAGCCAGCUCAGUUCGUAUCCAUAUCCAACACCCAGUGGUUUUGAUGAGAUGUCUCCUAACUCCCACAUAUUUGUUUUCUCUAUAGCAAGUACUCGCAAAAUUUAGAAAUUCGUAGGUGACGACUGACGAGAGCUCAAUUUAAAAAUACACCCUUCUUAUUCAAACUUAACGAGAAAGAGUUUAAUGAAUUUUUGCAGUCGUGAUGUGAGUCAAGUAAGCCCUUGUUAUGCCCGAUAAUUGACAGAGAUAACUGAUAAGUAUGAUCAUUGACCACCCUUUACACUUUCUGAAGAUUGAUUUGUCGUUUCCAUGAACGAUUUGUAAUAUGACAUCGUUUCUUGCUGGCACUUUUUUUGGAUGUUUUUGGACUGAGUCGGUAGCAGUUUGAUGGCAUCCUCAGCUGUAAAAUUUGGGGCUUUGGUUACUUUGCUGGAGUUAAACCCAUCUUCUCAAUUCUUUGAGGAAGGAGCUUCGCUAAGAGUUACUGGGAAGUUACAAGAGUACUCUGUGGAGACGGCCAUAGCCAUAAUUGCGGAUGGAAGUGCUGUCUUAAAGAUUGACUCCCAGCACCUGAGGGACCUUAGUUUUCGAGUUGGGUCGAUCUAUCAGUUUAUUGGUGAACUCCAUAUUCAACCGGACAAUGAGGCAAUCUUGCGGGCACGAGUAGGUAGGAAUGUUGAUGGCCUUGACCUGAACCUCUAUAAUCAGUCUUUGCAGCUACUGAGACAGUUUCAAGCUGAGCAUGUGAACGAUACAUCAACUUGAUGCAGUUUAUAAAUUGAACAGGCUCACUCACAGGGAAGGUAUCAGAGUAACUUAGUACCUACAAAUUUGACUUGUAGAAAAUGGAUGAUUUCUUUUUAAUUUGAUGGAUAUUUGAUAGAUAUCACCCAUGAAUUACAUAUUCAUCAUAAACAUUCAGUA